UUUCCCUUUUCCUUUUGCUCCUUCCCAAGUGAGCUCUCAGCCGGGAGAGACAGAGACAGAGAGGGAGAGAGAAAGGCGCGGAGGAGGAGGAGGAACAGAAGGAGGAGGAGGAAGAGGAGGAGGAGGAGCCCGUCAACCCCGCUGGGCUCUGCUGGGGGUUGGGGCUAGCUUUCCCGCGCGAGUGUCCCUGGCAAGUGCCCCCGACCGCGAGCCCACCAUGCCGGCGCUGCCGAGGCUGCUGCGCUCUUGCUGGGGCAUCUUCAUGCUCUUCUGGACGGUGUUUCUGAACGCCACGCUGGUGGACGUGGUCGGCUCGGAGCAGCAGAUCCCCCUCUCAGUUGUGAAGCUCUGGGCCUCUGCUUUCGGUGGAGAGAUCAAAUCCAUUGCAGCCAAGUAUUCAGGUUCCCAGCUUCUGCAGAAGAAGUACAAAGAGUAUGAGAAGGAUGUCGCAAUAGAAGAAAUUGACGGCCUGCAGCUGGUGAAAAAGCUGGCAAAGAAUAUGGAAGAGAUGUUUCAUAAGAAGUCAGAAGCUGUCAGGCGUCUUGUUGAAGCUGCGGAGGAGGCUCACCUGAAACACGAAUUUGAUGCUGACUUACAGUAUGAAUAUUUCAAUGCAGUCCUGAUUAAUGAGCAAGAUGAGGAAGGAAAAUAUUUGGAGCUGGGGAAGGAGUUCAUAUUGGUUCCAAAUGACCAUUUUAACAACUUGCCUGUCAACAUUAGUCUGAGUGAUGUUCAAGUUCCAACCAACAUGUACAACAAGGAUCCUGCAAUCGUCAAUGGAGUGUACUGGUCAGAAUCCUUAAACAAAGUGUUUGUAGAUAAUUUUGACCGUGACCCUUCUCUGAUAUGGCAGUAUUUUGGAAGUGCAAAAGGAUUCUUUAGACAGUAUCCUGGUAUUAAAUGGGAACCAGAUGAGAAUGGAGUCAUUGCUUUUGACUGCAGAAACCGAAAAUGGUAUAUCCAAGCUGCCACUUCUCCAAAAGAUGUCGUUAUAUUAGUGGAUGUGAGUGGCAGCAUGAAAGGGCUUCGCUUGACCAUUGCCAAACAAACAGUAUCUUCAAUUCUGGAUACCCUGGGAGAUGAUGACUUCUUCAACAUCAUUGCUUAUAAUGAAGAAUUCCACUAUGUUGAGCCCUGCUUGAAUGGGACCUUAGUCCAGGCAGACAGGACCAACAAAGAGCAUUUCAGAGAACACCUGGACAAACUUUCUGCCAAAGGAAUUGGGAUGCUGGACGUUGCUUUGAAUGAGGCCUUCAGUGUGCUCAGUGAAUUCAACCACACUGGACAGGGAAGCAUUUGCAGCCAGGCAAUAAUGCUCAUUACUGAUGGGGCUGUAGAUACCUAUGAUGCAAUCUUUGCAAAGUAUAAUUGGCCAGAAAGGAAGGUUCGCAUCUUUACAUAUCUGAUAGGAAGAGAAGCUGCUUUUGCUGACAACCUCAAAUGGAUGGCCUGUGCCAACAAAGGUUUUUUCACUCAGAUCUCCACCUUGGCUGAUGUCCAAGAGAAUGUCAUGGAGUAUCUUCAUGUGUUGAGCCGGCCAAAGGUCAUUGACCAGGAGCAUGAUGUGGUUUGGACGGAGGCAUAUAUCGACAGCACUCUUCCCCAGGCCCAAAAGCUUGCAGAUGAUCAGGGGCUGGUCUUGAUGACGACGGUCGCCAUGCCUGUUUUCAGCAAGCAAAAUGAAACUAGAAGCAAAGGGAUUCUGCUUGGAGUGGUUGGCACUGAUGUCCCAGUGAAAGAGCUACUGAAGACCAUUCCUAAAUAUAAGUUGGGGAUUCACGGUUAUGCUUUUGCAAUCACCAAUAAUGGUUACAUCCUGACACAUCCUGAACUCAGGCCUUUGUCACUUCUGUUGAUACUGCUCUUCUCGCUGGGCUCCUCCUCAGUAUCCCAGAAUGUAUCUGAAGGCCCAAGAGAGACCACACUCCUGUUGAUUGAAAGACAAAGAAAGAGUCAAAUCCUGGUUAACUUUGAGAUGACCUGGUCCUGUUCCCUAUACGAAGAAGGAAAGAAGAGGAGGAAACCCAAUUAUAGCAGCGUUGACCUUUCAGAAGUGGAAUGGGAAGACCGAGAUGAUGUGCUCAGAAAUGCCAUGGUGAAUCGGAAGACGGGGAAAUUUUCCAUGGAGGUCAAGAAGACAGUGGACAAAGGGAAACGUGUUUUGGUGAUGACAAAUGACUACUAUUACACUGACAUCAAGGGCACGCCUUUCAGUUUAGGUGUGGCUCUCUCUAGAGGACAUGGGAAAUAUUUCUUCAGAGGGAAUGUAACCAUAGAAGAAGGCCUGCACGACUUAGAACACCCUGACGUGUCCUUGGCAGACGAAUGGUCUUAUUGCAACACAGACCUACAGCCUGAACACCGACAGCUGUCUCAAUUAGAUGCUAUUAAGCUCUACCUCAAAGGAAAAGAACCCCUACUUCAGUGUGACAAAGAAUUAAUACAAGAAGUCCUUUUCGAUGCUGUAGUGAGUGCCCCCAUCGAAGCUUAUUGGACCAGCCUAGCACUCAACAAAUCAGAGAACUCUGACAAAGGCGUUGAGGUUGCUUUCCUGGGGACCCGGACUGGCCUCUCCAGGAUCAACCUGUUUGUGGGUGCUGAGCAGCUCACCAAUCAAGACUUCCUGAAAGCUGGAGAUAAGGAGAAUAUUUUCAAUGCUGAUCAUUUCCCACUCUGGUACCGAAGGGCAGCUGAGCAAAUCCCAGGCAGUUUCGUCUACUCCAUCCCAUUCAGUGUCGGAGCAGCAAACAAAAGCAAUGUGGUGACUGCUAGUACUUCCAUCCAACUCCUUGAUGACAGGAAAUCACCAGUGGUAGCAGCUGUAGGCAUUCAGAUGAAACUCGAAUUUUUCCAGCGGAAGUUCUGGACUGCCAGCAGACAGUGUGCCUCUCUGGAUGGCAGAUGCUCCAUUAGCUGUGAUGAUGAAACCAUAAAUUGUUAUCUCAUAGACAAUAAUGGCUUCAUCCUGGUGUCUGAAGACUACACACAGACUGGAAACUUUUUUGGUGAGGUCGAGGGAGCUGUGAUGAACAAAUUGUUAACAAUGGGCUCCUUUAAGAGGAUUACACUUUAUGACUACCAGGCUAUGUGCAGAACCAACAAAGAGAGCAGUGACCGGGCUCACAGUUUAUUAGACCCAUAUAAUGCCUUCUUUGCUGCAGUUAAAUGGAUAAUGACAGAACUUAUCUUGUUUCUGGUGGAAUUUAACUUGUGCAGUUGGUGGCACUCAGAAACCACAGCCAAAGCCCAAAGAUUGAAACAAACUCUGGAACCCUGUGAUACAGAGUAUCCAGCCUUUGUCUCAGAGCGUACCAUCAAGGAAACAACAGGCAACAUUGUGUGUGAAGACUGCUCCAAGUCCUUUGUCAUCCAACAGAUCCCCAGCAGCAAUCUGUUCAUGGUGGUGGUCGAUAACCAAUGUGCCUGUGAUUCUGUGUCACCCAUUACUAUGGCUCCAAUUGAGAUCAGGUAUAACGAAUCCCUUAAGUGUGAACGCUUGAAGUCACAGAAAAUCAGAAGGCGGCCAGAGUCCUGUCAUGGCUUUCAUCCUGAAGAAAAUGCAAGAGAAUGUGGGGGAGCCUUGGGUCUCUGUGCCAAGCCUGUCCUCCUUCUGAUCCCGCUGCUUCUGAUGCUUUUCUCAAGGUGACACUGACUGGUUUGUUCCCUUGGCAUGCUAAUUACAUGGAAAAACUGUGAACUGAAAUAUGGUGCAACAUAGACGACAUGAAAUAUAGUCCAACCAUCAGCAUUUCAUGAUUUUAACUGUGCGUGGUAUAAACUCUUAACAAUAUUUCAAGAAAAAGACAGGUUAUCUUUUUACUUUGCCAGUCAUGCAAAUGUGCAGUUGCCAUAUGAUAAUCUCACUUCAUUUGAAACAGGACAUCAAUUGGUAGACAGGUGGUGGUCCUUUUCUGCUUUGUCCCAUUGACACUAAUUCACACCUGUGUACUUUUUAAAUAAAGUAUAUUAAAAUCAUA